UUCCUUAGUUUCAUCUAUCAUAUCCCCACAAGCAUAUAGCCAUGGCCGCCACAGCCGCCACGCCUUCCUUCCUCGGAACCCGGCUUCCGAAGACCCAGAAUGGGAUGGGCCGAGUGCGGGCAUUGCUUGGAUUCGGACGCAAGAAAGCCGCUCCGCCGCCGCCACCCAAGAAGUCUGCACCGCCGCCGAAGCAGGUGAGCUCAGACAGGCCGACGUGGUUCCCGGGAGCGAAGGCUCCGGAAUGGCUGGACGGAAGUCUGGUGGGUGACGUUGGGUUCGACCCGUUCGGGCUGGCAAAGCCCGCUGAGUACUUGCAGUUUGAGCUGGACUCUUUGGACCAGAACUUGGCCAAGAAUUUGGCCGGAGACAUCAUCGGGACCAGGAUAGAGAGCUCCGACGUUAAACCUACUCCUUUUCAGCCUUACAGUGAGGUGUUCGGGAUCCAGAGGUUCAGGGAAUGUGAGCUCAUUCAUGGCAGGUGGGCCAUGCUGGCUACUCUCGGUGCCUUGUCUGUCGAGUGGCUCACCGGCGUUACUUGGCAAGACGCCGGAAAGGUUGAACUGGUUGAAGGGUCAUCGUACCUAGGGCAGCCACUCCCAUUCUCACUUUCGACGUUGAUUUGGAUCGAAGUCUUAGUCAUCGGAUACAUCGAAUUCCAAAGGAACGCAGAGCUUGACCCGGAGAAGAGGAUCUACCCGGGUGGAAAAUACUUCGACCCGUUGGGGCUAGCAUCCGACCCGGAGGAGAAAGCCCGGCUUCAACUCGCAGAGAUCAAGCAUGCUCGUCUUGCAAUGGUGGCCUUCUUGGGAUUUAGCAUCCAAGCCGCCGCCACUGGGAAGGGCCCACUCAACAACUGGGCUACCCAUUUGGGUGACCCCUUUCACACUACCAUUUUGGACACCUUAGGCCUCAUCUCUUCUUAACUCUUAACAUAACAUGAAACCACAACUCUUUGUUCCUAUAGCUUUAUUUCUUACUUUGUCAAAAGCUUUUUCGUUUUCGUGUAUGACGCUAUUGUUGUAUGAUAAUUAUAAAAUAUUUCUAUUUGUUACUUA